UAACAUAUUUCUGUUCCAGAAGAAAGUUUUAUUGGUAAGGAGAAACAUUAGAAAACAAAGAUCUCAAUUUUUUCCCCCUCCCUGGCUGGACAAACCAGGAUUGCAGAUCCCAAUACAUUUUCUUAGAAGGGCUUUAUGUUGAGAUCAGUGAUCUGCACAGUGAUAAUUUCAAAACUAGUUUGAAAUGGGCGACUGAGACAGCCGGGCACAGUCCUUCCCCUCUUUGUUGCCAGUUUGCACUUACCAGGUGGGGCAAUAGUAAGCAACCCAGGGAGACUCUCCGAAGCUCAUUAACAUUAGUAGCAAACAGCCUCUCCCACCACCAGCCAAAUCUGGCUGGGUGCCUGCAGGCCGUACUCUGUCAGCCCCUCCCUUCCCUCCUCUACGGGGAGAGCAAAGACCAGACUCAGAGAGACUCAAGCUGGAACAGCCCAGCUGAACUUCACAUCAUUUCAGCAAAAAAGAAGUAUCCAAGAAGACCGGAGUUUUCUGUCUGCCCACCAAUAUUGUCUUGGAUAUUCCCAAUAACUCAAUCUGGAAAGGUCGCAGCAACUGGUGACAAUAGCUGGAAACUAUCAGAUCUGCCGCCUGUCCCAAAAUAUUCUGGAAUCCAAACGGCCUCUCCAGGAUUCAUCUUACUGCUCAAGGUCCAUCAUGCCUCCUUGAAGACCCUGAUUCUGCUUUAACAUCCAACGUGACAGCCUGGAUUCGGCAGUGCCGCUGCAGGUUUGUGCUGUUGCCUCCUAGCUUAGAAUGGUGCCUAUCGAGAAGAAGGUUGGUGGCAGUGCCAUCGUUUUCUGCAGCUAUCCUGACAAUACAACUUGCCCUGCCUGAGCAAGACUUGGGAGCCGGUGAACCUUGCACAGGCAGUCAGGGUAUGGCCUGGUCUGGGGGUGAAUGGGAUGGAGUCACAGCAAAAUGGAUCUAGCAAUCAGAGUGAGCAGGGACCCACCAUCUUUCCAUACUCGCCUCUGGCCACAACUCUCAUCCUUGUGGCAGGACUGACUGUGGCUCUUGUGACAUUCAUAGGGAAUGUGCUGGUUGUAUUAGCUGUGUACACUAGCCGUGCCCUUCGGGCCCCACAGAAUCUCUUCCUGGUGUCUAUGGCUACAGCCGAUAUCCUUGUAGCCACCCUCAUUAUCCCAUUUUCCUUGGCCAAUGAGAUCAUGGGCUACUGGUGCUUUGGGGGUCUUUUUUGCAGUUUCUACUUGUCGCUGGAUGUCCUGUUCUGUACCUCCUCCAUCAUGCAUCUGUGUGCCAUCAGCUUAGAUCGCUACUGGGCAGUCACCCGAGCUGCCCGAUAUAAUCUGAAAAGGAGCCCCCAGAGGGUCAAAGGUAUGAUUGGGGCUGUCUGGGCCAUUGCCGCUGUUGUAUCUCUGCCACCACUGUUUAAAUCUAGACAGCAGGACCAGGUCUGCCUCCUGCAUGAUGAUACCUGGUAUGUUCUGGCCUCUUGCACUGCCUCCUUCUAUGCCCCUUGCCUCAUCAUGGUUGCAGUCUAUUGCCGGAUUUAUCAUGUGGCCAAACACAGGAACUCCAUGGUCACUGCAGCACGGCGGGUGUCCUAUCCCAACUUCAUCCCUGUGGCUAAGUACAAUCCCUGCAGAGGGAGCACCCAGCCUCCUGGGGAAACACAGAAGAUGGGAAUGGAGUCCGGCCAGCUUCCUUGUCCCCAGCCUAGCUUGCCCCGGCUCUCUCGGCAAUGGAGAGUAGAUGAUGGUGGCAACAGCGGUGCUCGGCCACCAAGGACUCCAAGGCUUUCUUGGUCACUUCCCUCCAAUCUCCAUCAGCGCAGAAGCAGGGACAUGUCUCUCUCCACCAAUCGGCUGAUGCAGGCCCGGGAGCGCAGAUUCACCUUUGUCCUUUCUUUCAUUAUUGGAGCUUUUGUCCUCUGUUGGUUCCCAUUCUUCUUUACCUACAGCCUGGAAUCUGUGCUUGGAGAAGGCUGCUGCAUCUCCGAGCCUCUCUUCAAAUUCUUCUUCUGGAUUGGGUACUGCAACAGCAGCUUCAACCCCAUCAUCUACACGGUCUUUAACCGGGACUUUCGCAGAGCUUUCCAGCAACUCCUGUCUCCUGCCUACUCAUUCAUGUGCCGAAAAUGAGGACUCUGCUAGAGGGUUGUUGGAACCUGGGAGAGGAAUGAUGGACAGGGGGCUGGCUACAGAACAUCCCCUGGGAUCACAGAGAAGGUAACCAGCGGAAGUUGGGGAGCUGAAUAUUUUUGCAGCUGCAUUUUAAUGAAGACUUCCCCAUCCCAGACAUGCAUGUAACUUGAAGGGCAGAAGUGCCACAAGAAGCAAGAUUUCUGUGACUUGUUGGCAGGUAGUUGGUUGCCAAGAGUCACUCUCACACUCCUGCCUGUUUCUCCAGCUUGUGGUUGCCUGAUCUGUUGGUCAGCAAGCUAAUUAACUGAGGUAGUGGGAGCAGAGGGUGGCUGAGGUAAAAUUAUUGAUGUACUGUAAGGACUACUAUAGCAGCUUUGACUCCCCAUGCAGACUUGCUCCAAAUUUUGACCGUUGCUGUAAUAAACCUGCAAGUUUAUGUUCUUGGUUUUGCUAUCCCUAAUCCUUGGUUUAGGGGUAGAAGUUAUAUUGAAUCACCUCAGCAGUUGGGCUCCAUCCUUAAUCCUAAAAGGAAAGGUCUCCUCCAAAACCAGUUCUAAGUGAGAGAAGCUCUGGAAGGAAUGUUCAUUUAUCCCAGAUGCUCUGUGGGAAGAGGAAACAGAAACAGAUUCUAUUAAAGGGGAUUUAGCGGGCUGACUAUUUUGGUACUGGAACUAAAAAUGUACAGCUGAGUGUUUCUGUCUCACAUAUAUUGUCCCUUGUCAAGACAAGGGCAGUGGCAUGUGGAGGAAUUGGGGCCCUAUUCAAGUCAUAAGAAGAUCCAUCUAGUGGUCUAAUACUCCAUCAGAAAUAUUGGCCAGCUAGGGGUCUUGAAGGAAAAACCCGCAAACAGAAUGUGAUAUACGGUAGUCACAAUGAUAAUCUCAUUGCAUAAUUGUAGCAAGAAGCAUUCUUCCUCUGAAUAUUAUUUCCUUGUUACUUUGGGUCUGAGCAGCUUGAGGUUUGACUGAUGUCCUCCACAGAAAGAAAGAAGAGGGGAGGAGCAAAAUCAUGGACGUCCUAAGAUAACUUUUCCCAGUCCCCAGAGCCUUCUCUACCACAGUUCUCAUAUACUCAAGCAUUGGUCUCUCUCUGAUUUUGAGAGUUGAUGGGCUAUCAAGAUGAGAAGAACUUUCCCAAGGACAGUAAGGAACCGACUUAUCCUAGGGAGGCCCUGGGAUUGCAGAAAGAUGGAUGGACCAAGAAGGAGAGGGAGAAUACCGGUAUUUCCUGCAGAAUCAGGAAAUGGUGGUGUGAAGCUGCCGGUUUCAGUGUCCUUUGCCUAGCCUGCCUGCCAGUUCAGGCGAAGCGGAACUAAACAAGGGACAUAACUGCAAAGCUUAUUCAACCACCUGGUUUGAGGAAACAUUACCCUGAUCCUGCUUCUGGGCAGAUGCCAGGCAUGGGUUUUGGCAAAGAGGCUCCUGUCAAUCAUAGUAUAGGUGUCUUCCAUAUUGCCUCCAGUAAUUAAGUUUUUCCUGUUGUUCCAGUUUGCUGAGAUUAGUUUCUCAGGCUGAAGCUGGUGUCACAGCCAAGCACCUGCCAUCUCUGAGGCAUUUUCUUCCCAACAAUCAACUCUUUUUUAUGUCUCAUAUGCUUAGCAGGGUAACUCAUGCCAUUGCCUUGAAUCUCAACUGAGGCAUAUUACCUCAUAUUCCAACCUUAACUCUGUUGUCUUUAACAGGCAUUCAGCAGAUGAUUUUCUUCCUGGUACUGUUAAGGGAGUGGGGUGGGGAGGGAAGCAAGGCAGGUUCUGUUUGACAGGAACUUAAAUUAAUGUUUUAGAGACUCUUUAAGGACAGAAAAAGAGGCAACCAUUAUAACCCAGGGCUGAUUCCCAGAGUAUACUUUUCAGUCACAGGCCUGCUCCUUUAAUAUGCUUCCCUGUGUGUAAAAUGGCUUUUCUAUUCAUCUGUCCUUUGUGACUGGAUAAUAAUCUGCAGACAUGGCUUUAAACCCCCAAUAGGCCUAAAUUAAGAUUACUGCCUUGUCCUAUUGUGAUAAAUAAUAGUUAUCAAUGAGGGUUAUAUUAUGUGAAGUCUUUCUUCCUCUAAGCAUUACUGAUUAUGUUGCUAAGGAGACCAAUCAAACAAUAAAACUACAAACAAGGCAAACAUUUUUACUAGCUAAUAGAGUGACAUCUGGUAGCUCAUUCUUCCCAGAAAACAGAGCAAACCAAGGAUGGCGUAAAUUAGGCAGGUAUCCACGGAGAUAGGCCCGUUUUUAGUACCAUAUUACUCACCCCAGUUCCAGACACCUAGAAGGGCAGCUGGUGUCUAUUAUCUCUCAGAGAGUUUGGGUAAACUAUGUUCUCAUGUACAGAUUGACCACUGAGAUAAACUGGAAGAAAAAAACAACCUGAAGGAAGGAAUGCUUGUUUCUUCUAAUAUCUCAGUGAACCUGACAGAGUUACCUUUUCAUUAUAAAGCAUAUCAUGCUUCAAAUGCACUCCAGCAUCCAGCCUGGAAACCUGCACUGCUUGCUUUUUUUUACCCAGAAGUAGAUUAAAAUGUUUCCACCUUUCACAUUUCACUUUCAUCUUCCUGGGAUACAUCUUCUGUAUCAACAACCCCUUCCACUAAUUCUACAGGGUUAAAACUUUGCACUCUUCCACAAUGCUUUGUUUAGUCCUAAUAAAGGGUUGGUCUAAUUUUG